AUGCUUAUAGAAGCUCCAAGUUGGGCCCGAGAUUGCGAGAACCACGAAUGGGAUCUGGACUACUUCAAGGAUAACUUUAAAGUCAAAUUCCACACCCACUCCCCGCACGACACUUCCUUCUCCCUCACCGGCAUAGACACCUCAGUCGCAAACGCCUUCCGACGAAUCCUCCUCGCUGAAAUUCCCACCCUUGCCAUUGAAGAUGUCUUCAUCUACCAAAACACCUCCAUCAUCCAGGACGAAGUGCUCGCCCACCGCCUGGGUCUAAUCCCACUCUGCGGCUCCCACAAAGGUCUCCGCUGGCUGAAAUGGUACAAGAAGGAAACCGACGACGAUGAAGGCUCAGGCACGCCUAGCGACUACAACACGGUCAUCAUGAAGCUGGACGUGGAAUGCAGUUGGCAAGAAGGCGGACUGCAGCGCGCAGUGCAAGGCGAAACGGAUCCCGACAAACUCUACAUUGGGCACAACGUAUACGCAAAAGACUUGGUCUGGGAACCGCUGGGCAAGCAAUUCGAUGAAUUCCCAUCAGGCGAGGAAAUCCGCGCCACGAAUCCGGAUAUUCUGAUUGUCAAGAUGCGCCCGGGCCAGAAGAUCCAGCUUAGUAUGCACGCGAUCAAGGGUAUUGGACAGGACCAUGCCAAGUUCUCGCCUGUCGCAACUGCUAGUUACCGCCUUAUGCCGACAAUCGACAUCCUCAAGCCCAUCGUGGGCGCUGAUGCGAAGAAGUUUGCGCGAUGCUUCCCGCGCGGUGUCAUCAAGCUAGAAACUGUCACUUCCGAGGACGUCGAGAAGAAUACCGAACUGGCGGGCCAGGAGGGCGAAUCCAAAGCCGUAGUCGACGAUCCAAUGAAGGACACAGUCAGCAGAGAGUGCUUGCGACACCCCGAGUUCAAGGACAAAGUCAACCUCGGUCGGAUACGAGAUCACUUUAUCUUCAGAGUGGAGAGCACAGGGCAAUGGGAGAGUGAUGAGCUGUUCUUGGAAAGUGUGAAGCUACUCAAGGUCAAGUGCCAACGGAUCAAGAGGGGCUUGGACGAAUUGACUAAGUAA